AUGGAGUAUGAAACUUCAUAUGAUACGGGCCUGAAGCCCUUCAAUCAUGAUAAGAAUCGAGGCAAAUGGGCAUCAUCGAAGGAUUUCUUUUUUGCAUGCGCCGGACAUGCAUUUAAGGCAGAUGCUAUUAUGAUAAUGCCGAUUAUUGUUUUCGAAGAUGUUGGAAUCUUUGCGUUGAUACCGUACUUUGUGACUUUGGCAGUCUGUGUGGUGCCAAUUGUGUUUUUGCAAUCAUUUUUGGGUCAAUUUUCUAGUACUGGUUUUAUAUCAGUUUUUCGGAUAUCUCCAUUAUUCAAAGGCAUUGGAUAUGUUUCGCUUUUAGUAAACUUUUUAACUUUAACGUACUACAGCAUUUUCAGUGCAAUACCGCUAUUUUAUUUUUUUCAUUCCUUGAGGCCAACAAUACCUUGGAGCUGUGAGGCAUCUGCAGGAUGGGCUGAAAAUUCUACACAUAGAAUAUCGAUUUGCAAUCAUGAAGCUGAUAACAACUCAACUCUCUUAAUUACAAUUCCUUCUGUGGAUUUUUUUAGAAACCAUUUGGACAUCCCAAGCUUUGGCAGAGAAGUUAACGAUAAUUCGUUUUCACUGGAAUUGAUGGUCUGUACUUGCAUUAUUUGGGGAGCCGUAACUUGUGUUAUUUUAAAUUCUACAGAAGUCAUAGGACGACUUAUAAGAUAUUCAUUCUUGGUUGUUGUGGGUAUUAUGAGCAUUUGCUUAAUUCGAUUUGCAUUUCUUCCGGGAGCAAUUGAGGGAAUAUGGCAAUUUGUGUUUCCAGAAGCAUAUCGUAUCUACUGGGAUACUUGGAUAUUUCUUCCAAGCAUGGCCUUGGCUACUUUAGGUCCUGGUUGGGGUUCAAUUCUAACCAUGGCAAGUUUUAAUAAUUUUAAAACAAAUAUUUUCACAUACAGUUGGGUGCUGUGUCUGGCUCAACUUGGACUUAUGGCGGGAAUAGCGUUUUUGUCAAUUUUUAUCAAGUGUUUUAUGGAAUCAAUCCGUCCAGAAAGCAGAAUGUAUCUUCAAUUCCAUCACUCUCAAUGGUUGGAAUUCUUAAGUAUUCCAACGGGUUUGACAUUUAUGGAGCUACCACAUUUUUGGUCUUUGCUGUUCUUUAGUAUGUGGAUUUUAGGCUCACUAAAUAUCCUAAUCAUUCAACUAUUGUCACUUUUGACUUCAGUGUUUGAUGAAUUUGAAGAACUAAGAGAAAUGAAGAGAAAUAUCAUCUUUGGAGCUGUUGGGAUUCUAACAUUGACUUCUAUACUUUUUUGUUCAAAUCAUGGAGUGUACUUUUUCAGUCUUCUUUCAAAAUAUGCCUUCGCAACUCAAACGGUCUUAAAUUUACUUCUAUUAUUGGUUGUUUUGUGGAUUUAUGGACGAGAGCGUUUCCAACGUGAUUUGAAUUUUAUGACUUCACGAGUUUAUUCAACAUGGAUGGUGAAUAUUGUUCGAUUUGUUGCACCUUUGUUUCUUCUUAGUGGAUUGUUCAUUGCAUUGAUAUUGACUUUGGAAUUCGAUCAUUCUCCAACAUCAUAUGGAAUGGCUUUGUUUGCAUUGGGAACUCUGAUUUUCCUGUUUUCAUGGUGUCUUAUUCCGGGUUAUUGUAUUUUUAAAAUAAAACAAACAACUGGAAUAAUUGGAAUGCGAUUGAGAAGAUGUAUUCGACCAACUGAUUGGUAUCCUGCUGAUCCAGUUUAUAAGCAAAGAUACGAAGAGAAUUUCAAUAGUACAGAUAUUUCACAUCAGUUAACAACAGAAACUAUGGAAUGAGUUUUAAGAAAUAUGUUUAAAAAAAAAUAUGUUAUUAAAUUUUAAAAAUACAGCUAAGACAAUAAUUAAAAAUUAAAUUUUGUAAAUAUCCAUUUUA